AUGAACAUACUCCACCACCGCGGUCACACGAGCGCGCUUGUCUGCGUCGGCACUCCACAUUCUAUCGGCGGCUCAACCGUGCCUCCCACAAUAACCCGGUUCUCCGUGAUCGCACUUCCAGACUCUCGAACCACAUCGAAUCUACUCGACCAGAUCCUCAUCCGCGGGAGAAGUCAGCCUGCCGCACCGCACCCAUGUAAACCAGAGCAGAUGCGCAAUGCCCGUCUCACCUCGAGUCCGCGACCUGUCAUCUUUGUGAUUUGUCUUGCAUUUUUCCAUGCAGUAACGGCUGGUGGCCCGUUGCUGGCUAGCGAUCCUCGGCAGCAGGAUCACCACCCUUGUUCGCCGGCCCGCGUGCCAGCCCGCUCGUGCGCUCGAAUCGUGCAAACACCCGCGAUGGUCUGCGCGACUGUCUGUGGUGAGAAGGUGCGCGUGCCGCGGGCCGGAGCCUUGCGAACCAACUUCCUGUUGAGGCCCCGCGUGUGCUGCUGA